GAAAGCGAGAGGAAGGCACCCGCAUCCCAGUCCCUAGAGCUCUUCCAUCUGCUCGGCUUCAGGCGGAGCUGGAAGGCACAGCCGGGACACAAUGUGGAGAACACUACUCAUACAACUCUCUAUCGGCCUGCUGUUUUGUGUAUCUAAGUGCCAUUCCCAAGGAUGCGAGCUGGGCCAGUACCGCUGCGGGACGGGGCGCUGCAUCCCGGGCGACUGGCACUGCGACGGGACGUCGGACUGCGUGGACGACUCGGACGAGCAGGACUGCCCUCAGGUGACCUGCGCCCAGAGCCACUUCAAGUGUCUGAGCGACGGCGAGUGCGUCCCGGACGUGUGGGUGUGUGACGACGAGGAGGACUGCGAGGACGGCUCGGACGAGCGACAGCACUGCCCCGAGCGGACGUGCACCAGCGGACAGUUUAGGUGCGGCAACGGAGCGUGUGUCCCCAAUGAAUACCGCUGCGACUUGCUGCCGGACUGCUCGGACGGAUCGGACGAAAGAGGAUGCCACUACCCCCAGUGCACGGAGCUGAGGUGCGCUAACGGAGCGUGCUACAACCGCACCCAGCGCUGUAACCAGGUGGCCGACUGCCGGGACGGCUCUGACGAGGCCAAUUGCACGCAGCACUGCAGUACCGGACAGUUUGCCUGUCGCAACGAAGAGUGCGUGCCGCAGAGAUACGUCUGCGACCACGACGACGACUGUGGGGACAGGAGUGACGAGCAGAACUGCACGUACCCCACCUGCAGAGGAAGCUACUUCAGCUGCCCCAGCGGCCGCUGUAUCCACCAGGUGUGGCUAUGUGACGGGGAGGACGACUGCGAAGACAACGCAGACGAGAGAGGCUGUGAUAACGUGCCCCAGGAGUGCUACCCCGGGGAGUGGGCCUGUCCCUCGUCAGGCCAGUGCAUCCCCACAGACCAGCUGUGUGAUGGCUCCGCCCACUGCCCCUACGGAGAGGACGAGACCAACACCACCGCCGGACGCAACUGCAGUAUCUGGAGGUGUGCGUCUCUCAGCUGUGAGUACCGCUGCCAUGCGUCUCCUGAGGGCGGGGUCUGCUCCUGUCCGUCAGGCUACGUCGUCAAUGGCAACGACAGCCGCUCCUGCGUGGACUUCGAUGACUGCUCCAUGUGGGGGGUGUGUGACCAGCUGUGUGAGGACCGCGUGGGCAGCCACCGCUGCAGCUGUCGGGCCGACUAUGUCCUGGAGCAGCACCGAUACUGCAGAGCCAACGUCUCCUCCGGAGUCCCGUCUCUGGUCUUCUCCGACGGCCGAGACCUGCUCAUAGGAGACCUCCACGGGAACAACCUUCGCACGCUGAUCCACUCCCAGAACCGAGGGGCGGCCGUGGGGGUGGACUACCACUACCUCCUGCGCCGGAUCUUCUGGACCGACACCAUCCAGAACAAGGUGUUCUCGGUGGACCUGGACGGCUCCAACUUGGAGGUGGUCCUGAACGUGUCGGUGGACGACCCGGAGGACCUGGCGGUGGACUGGGUGAACAACAAGCUGUACGUGGUCGAGUCCAGCGUCAGCCGCAUCGACGUGGCCGACUUUGACGGCCAGAACCGGCUCACGCUGAUCACGGAGAACCUGGGCAAACCCCCGGGGAUCGCGCUGGACCCCACCGUUGGGUUCCAACCCUCUGCAAACCGAGCGACCAACCCCAACGGGGACUGCAGCCACUUCUGCUUCCCGGCGCCGGACUCGGGCCGCGUGUGUGGCUGUCCCUACGGCAUGAAGCUGGCGCCCGACCAGCAGGCCUGCCUGGAGGACCCCUCCAACGAGCCCCCCACGCUGCAGUGCGGCGCCAACGCCUUCUCCUGCCUCAACGGCAGAUGCGUGCCCAGCGGCUACCGGUGCGACGGCGUCGACGACUGUCACGACAACAGCGACGAGUCCGGCUGCGGCUUCAGAGUAAACAAGCUUUUUGUUUACACCACCUGCUCCCCGUCCGCCUUCACCUGCGCCAGCCGGCAGUGCGUCCCGGCGCGCUGGCGCUGCGACGGCCACAGCGACUGCCUCGACGGCAGCGACGAGCGGGGCUGCCCCACCCAGACGCCCGGCACCUGCCCCGCGGGGCACUUCACCUGCGGGAACCACCGCUGCGUGCCGCUCACCUGGCGCUGCGACACGGACAACGACUGCGGCGACGGCUCGGACGAGGCCGGCUGCAACCUGUCGACCACGUGCCACCCCGAGCAGUUCCAGUGUCCGGACCACCGGUGCAUCGCCCCCCUCUACGUCUGCGACGGGGACAGGGACUGCGUGGACGGGGCCGACGAAAAGAACUGUCUCUACAACUGCACGGCCGGCGAGUUCAAGUGUGCCAACGGCCACCAGUGCGUCAACUCGUUCUACCGCUGCGACGGUGUCUCCGACUGCAACGACCGCUCCGACGAGGCCGGCUGUCCCACGCGGCCUCCCGGCAUGUGCCACCACGAGACGGAGUUCCAGUGCCAGGCGGACGGGGGCUGCGUGCCGGCCACCUGGGAGUGCGACGGCCACCCCGACUGCGAGGACGGCUCGGACGAGCACCACGCCUGCCCGCCGCGCACCUGCCCCGCCGCCCUCCACCGCUGCGACAACGGCAACUGCGUGCUGCUCAGCUGGCUCUGCGACGGUGACAACGACUGCCGGGACAUGAGCGACGAGCGCGACUGCCCCACGCCGGCCUUCCGCUGCCCCGGCUGGCAGUGGCAGUGCCCGGGGCACAGCGUGUGCGUCAACCUGACCCGGGUCUGCGACAACACGCCCGACUGCCCCAACGGCGCAGACGAGUCGCCGCUCUGCAACGAGCCUUUACCAGACCAGGAGAGCUGCUCGGACAACAACGCCGGCUGCACCCACGGGUGUAUCCAGGGCCCUUUCGGGGCCCAGUGCACCUGCCCCCUGGGCUACCAGCUGAGCAACGACUCCAAGACGUGCGAGGACCUGGACGAGUGCGACCCGCCCGGCCUGUGCAGCCAGAGCUGCUUCAACGAGAGAGGCUCGUUCCGCUGCAGCUGUCUGGAUGGCUACACCCUGGAGGGGGACCAGCGCACCUGCAAGGCCUCAGACUCCCGCCAGGCCUUCCUGCUGGUGGCCAGCCGCAACCAGAUCGUCCAGGACGACAUCAGCAGCCAGCCCAACGUCAUCGCCUCGCUGGUCCGGGACGGGCGCAACAUCGUGGCGCUGGACUGGGACUCGGUCAGCGACCGCGUGUUCUGGUCCGACACGAGCCAGGACCGGAUCUGGAGCGCCAACCGGAACGGCAGCGACAGGACCGUGAUAUUUGACAGCGGGGUGACGGUGACAGAGAGUCUGGCCGUGGACUGGGUGGGCCGCAACCUGUACUGGACCGACUACGUGCUGGAGACCGUCGAGGUGUCCAAGCUGGACGGGACCCACCGCGCAGUGCUGGUCAGCCAGAACAUCACCAACCCCCGAGGCCUGGUGCUGGACCCCAGAGAAAGUGCCCACCUCAUGUUCUGGACGGACUGGGGCCGGAACCCGACCAUCGAGCGUGCCAGCAUGGACGGGAAGCUGCGUCUCAGCAUCGUGAGCACCAAGCUGUACUGGCCCAACGGCCUCACCAUCGACUACCCCAACAGCCUGCUGUACUUUGCCGACGCAUACUUGGACUUCAUCGACUACUGUGACUACGACGGCAACCACAGGAAGCAAGUCCUGGCCAGUGAUCUGGUACUGCAACAUCCCCACGCAAUUACCAUUUUUGAGGAUUUUGUGUAUUGGACCGACAGAUACGUCAACCGAGUGAUCCGAGCCCACAAGUGGCAUGGGGAGAACCAGACAGUGAUGCUCUACAACCUGCCUCAGCCCAUGGGCCUGGUGGCAGUGCAUCCAGCCCGGCAACCCGCAGGUGUUAACCACUGCGCGGGAAGCCCCUGCACUCACAUCUGCCUCCUGUCGGCCGUGGGGCCGUCCUUCUACGCCUGCGCCUGCCCCUCUGGCUGGACGCUGGCCGCCGACCACGUCACCUGCGCCCGAGUGGAAGACCCCUUCCUAGUGGUGGUGAGGGACAGCAUCAUCUACGGCAUCUCCCUGAACCCGGACGACAAGAGCAACGACGCCAUGGUCCCCGUGGCGGGCCUGCACAACGGCUACGACGUGGACUUUGACCACAGCGACCACACCGUCUACUGGGUGGAGCACCCAGGGGAGAUCCACAGAGUGAGGUCUGACGGGACCAACAGGACAGAGUUUGCCCCGGCAGCCAUCCUGGGAUCCCCUGUAGGUCUGGCCCUGGACUGGAUCUCUGAGAACCUCUACUACACCAACCCGUCCGUCCAGUCCAUCGAGGUUCUGAAGCUGAGAGGGGAGAUCCAGUACCGGAAGACCCUCAUCACAAACAACGGCCUCCCGACCGGCGCUGGCACACCCGUCGGGAUCGCAGUGGACCCAACCCGUGGGAGGCUGUACUGGACCGACCAGGGGACGGAGAGCGGCAUCCCCUCCAAGGUGGCGGCGGCGGAUAUGGACGGCUCCAACCCCGUGGUGCUGUUCACCACCGGCCUGGAGCACGUGGAGUUCCUGACGCUGGACCUGCAGGAGAACAAGCUGUACUGGGCGGUCACUGGCACCGGCCUGAUCGAACGCGGGGACCCGGACGGCACUAACCGCAUCACCAUGGUGACGGGCCUGUCCCACCCGUGGGGCGUGGCCGUCCACGAGAACUACCUGUACUUCACCGACCGCGACUUCGAGGUGAUCGAGCGUGUGGACAAGGCCUCGGGCGCCAACAAGGUGGUGCUCAGGGACAACGUGUCGGGGCUGAGGGGGCUGAAGGUGCACCAUCGGGAGACUUCUGCGGGGACGUCCAACGGCUGCAGCAACAACGUGGGCGCGUGCGAGCAGCUCUGCCUGCCGCGGCCCGGGGGCCUGUAUAGUUGCGCCUGUGCCACGGGUUUCAAACUCAACGCCGACAACCGCACGUGUGCCCCCUACCAGUCGUACGCCGUCAUCUCCACGCUGUCGGCCAUCAAGGGCUUCAGCCUGGAAGGGGAGGACCACUCGGAGACCAUGGUGCCUGUAGCCGGGAGAGGUCGCAACGCCCUGCACAUCGACGUGCACAUGGCCUCGGGCUUCAUCUACUGGUGCGACUUCAGCAGCACCGUGGCGUCACAGAACGGCGUGCGACGCAUCAAGCCCGACGGCUCCGGGUUCGACGGGGUCGUCACCACGGGGAUCGGACGCAACGGGAUACGAGGCAUCGCCGUCGACUGGGCUUCAGGGAACCUGUACUUCACCAACGCCUUCCUGAUGGAGACCUACGUGGAGGUGCUCCACCUCAACACCACCUUCCGCCGGGUGCUGCUGAAGACCACGGUGGACAUGCCGCGCCACAUCGUGGUGGACCCCCGGAACCGCUUCCUCUUCUGGGCCGACUAUGGCCAGACCCCCAAGAUCGAGCGCGCCCUCCUGGACGGCACCAACCGCACCGUGCUGGUGUCGUCCGGCAUCAUGACACCCCGGGGGCUGGCCGUGGACCGGCAGAGCGGCUACGUGUACUGGGUGGACGACUCGCUGGACAUGAUCGCCCGCGUCAGCCCCCAGGGCGGCGACGCCGAGGUCGUCCGCUUCGGCAGCCGCUACCCCACACCCUACGGCAUCACCGUGUUCGAGGGCAGCAUCAUCUGGGUGGACCGCAACCUCAAGAAGGUGUUCCGCGCCAGCAAGGAGCCCGGCGCCACCGACCCACCCGCCAUCCUCCGGGACAACGUCAACAUGCUGCGGGACGUGGCCAUCUUCGACGGGCGCGCCCAGCCCGCCUCGGCCCAGCAGCUGGGCCACAACCCCUGCAUGGAGGACAACGGCGGCUGCGCCCACCUCUGCUUCGCCCUGCCGGGGUCCCCGGGGAAGAGGUGCGGCUGCGCCUUCGGGGACCUGGGCGCCGACGGCCGGGGCUGCGCCGUCUCCCGGGACGACUACCUGGUGUUCACCACCGAGGCCGCGGUGCAGAGCCUGAGGCUGGACCCCGACGACCACGCCCCGCCCUUCCCCGCCGUGGCCGUGCCCCGCACCUCGGUGGCGCUGGACUUCGACCUCACGGACCGCAGGAUCUACUUCACGCAGAGCUCCGGCGUGGGGGUCAGCAGGAUCAGCUACGUCAGCCUGGCGUCCCCCGACGCCCCGCCCGUCGUGGUGGCCUCAGACCUCGGCGCUCCGGACGGGAUUGCCUACGACUGGAUCAACGGGAGGAUCUACUUCAGCGACUACGUCAACCAGAGCAUCAGCUCCAUGGCGGCGGACGGCUCCCAGAGGACGGUCGUCGCGCGCGUGACCCGUCCCCGCGCCAUCAUGCUAGACCCCUGCAGAGGGUACAUGUAUUGGACCGAUUGGGGGACCAACGCGAAGAUCGAGCGGGCGACGCUGGGCGGUAACUUCCGGACGGACAUCGUGAACAGCAGCCUGGUGUGGCCCAACGGCCUGACCCUGGACUACGAGGAGCAACGGCUGUACUGGGCCGACGCCAGCCUACAGAAGAUCGAGCGCUCGUCGCUCACGGGGGACAACCGCGAGGUCAUCGUCAGCACGGCCAUCUACCCGUUCGCCAUGACCAUGUUUGACCAGCACAUCUACUGGACGGACUGGAACACGCGCAGCGUCUACCGCGCCAACAAGCACGACGGCUCGGGCCAGACGGUGAUGGUCCAGAACCUUCCGACGCGGCCAAUGGACAUCCAGGUGCUGGCCGGCAGGAAGCAGCGGCGGUGUGACAGCCCCUGUCAGCAGUUCAACGGAGGCUGCAGCCACAUCUGUACCCCAGGACCCAACGGCGCCGAGUGCCAGUGCCCGUCCGAGGGCCGCUGGUACCUGGCCGACAACAAGCACUGUAUCCCUGACAACGGGACGCACUGCCAGGCCGGUCAGUUCGCCUGCAUGAACGGCCGCUGCAUCCGCGCCCAGUGGAAGUGUGACAACGACAACGACUGCGGCGACGGCAGCGACGAGCUGGAGAGAGUCUGUGGAUCCAAGGGUGAUUACCGAGUUCUCGCCCCGCAACUGGCGGCGUUUAUCGACCUGUCAGCGUUCCACACCUGCGAGCCCACGGUGUUCACCUGCGGUAACGGCCGCUGCGUGCCGUACCACUACCGCUGCGACCACUACGACGACUGCGGCGACGGCAGCGACGAGACGGCGUGCCAGUUCAGGCCCUGCAGCGCCGACACCGAGUUUGCCUGCAACAACGGCCGCUGCGUCUCCCACGACUUCGUGUGCAACGGCGUCAACAACUGCUACGACAACGGCAGCUCGGACGAGCAGAACUGCCCCGAUAGGACCUGUCCCCCUGACCACACCAAGUGUGAGACCACCAACAUCUGCAUCCCGCGCUCCUACCUGUGUGACGGAGACAACGACUGUGGGGACAUGAGCGACGAGAGCACCACACACUGUAUUACGUCCACCUGCUCGGGGACUGAGUUCCGGUGUGAGGGCGGCCGCUGCAUCCCGUCCCACUGGUACUGCGACGGGGGCAGAGACUGUGCAGACGGCUCUGAUGAACCCUCCUCUUGCACCACGCUGGUGCGGACCUGCAGCCCGGAGCAGUUCCGCUGUGACGACGGCCGCUGCAUCGCCGCCUCCUGGGUCUGCGACGGAGACAACGACUGCGGGGACCUGAGCGACGAGGACCAGAGACACAACUGUGUGAACCGCAGCUGCACCCAGACGGAGUUCACCUGCGUGAACAACCGUCCGCCGCAGCGCACCUGCGUGCCGCGGGACUGGGUGUGCGACGGCGAGGCGGACUGCAGCGACGCGCUGGACGAGCACCAGAACUGCACGCGGCGCGACUGCGGCGAGGACGAGUUCGGCUGCACCAACGGCCUCUGCAUCCGCAGCUCCUACAGGUGCGACCGGCGCAACGACUGCGGCGACGGCAGCGACGAGCGGGCCUGCGCCUACCAGCCCUGCCAGCAGGGCCAGUUCACCUGCCAGAACGGACGCUGCGUCGCCCACGACUUCCUGUGCGACGGCGACAACGACUGCGGCGACGCGUCGGACGAGCUGGAGCACCUGUGCCGCACGCCGGCGCCCACCUGCCCCCCCGGGCGCUUCGGCUGCGAGAACGGCCACUGCGUCCCCCUGAGCGCCGUGUGCGACCGCCGCGACGACUGCUCCGACAACAGCGACGAGAAGGGCUGCGGCGUCGACGAGUGCACCGACCCCGGCGUCCACCACUGCGACCACAACUGCACCGACACGCCCACCAGCUUCCUGUGCGCCUGCCGCCACGGCUACCGCCUCAUGUCGGACCGCCGGUCGUGCGACGACGUGGACGAGUGCGCCGAGACGCCGGGCGUGUGCGGCCAGCGGUGCGAGAACACGCUGGGCGCCUACGUGUGCAAGUGCGCCCCGGGCUACCUGCGCGAGCCCGACGGCCGCACCUGCCGCCAGAACAGCGACGCCGCCCCUUACCUGGUCUUCAGCAACCGCUACUACCUGAGGAACCUGUCGACGGACGGGGGGGCCUACUCCCUGAUCCUGCAGGGGCUGAGCAGCGCGGUGGCGCUGGACUACGACCGCGUGGAGCGCCGGCUGUACUGGGUGGACGUGAGCCGCAGGGUGAUCGAGAGGAUGCACUUUGACGGCAGCGGGCGCGAGGCGGUGGUCAGCGGGGUGGUGCACGGGGAGGGGCUGGCGGUGGACUGGGUGGGCCGGAAGCUGUACUGGCUGGACAGCGUGCUGGACUGCCUGCAGGUGUCGGAGCUGGACGGGCGCUUCGUGAAGCGGCUGGCGGAGCACUGCGUGGACGACAACAACACGUGGUGCUUCGAGAACCCGCGCGCCAUCGCACUGCACCCCCGAUACGGCUACGUGUUCUGGACCGACUGGGGCAGAAAGGCGUUCAUCGGUCGCGUGGGGAUGGACGGCACGGACAAGGCGGCCGUCAUCACCACUAAGAUCGAGUGGCCCAACGGCCUGACCAUCGACUACACCAACGACAUGCUGUACUGGUCCGACGCUCACCUCAACUACAUCGAGUACUCCGACCUGCAGGGCCGGCACCGCCACACGGUGUACGACGGCACCCUGCCCCACCCCUUCGCCCUGACGGUGUUCGAGGAGACGGUGUACUGGACGGACUGGAACACCCGCACGGUGGAGAAGGGCAACAAGUACGACGGCUCCGGGCGGCAGACGCUGGUCAACACCACCCACCGGCCCUUCGACAUCCACGUGUGCCACCCCUACCGGCAGCCCAUUGUGACCAAUCCCUGCGCGGUAAACAACGGCGGCUGCUCGCACCUGUGUCUGAUCGGCAGCGGGGGGCGGAGCCGCACCUGCGAGUGCCCGGACCACUUCCUGGCCAUGCAGAUAGGGGGCGUGGCCCGCUGUCUGCCCAUGUGCAGCAGCACCCAGUACAGAUGUGCUGACAACGAGCGGUGUGUCCCCAUCUGGUGGCGGUGUGACGGCCAGAGGGACUGCAGGGACGGGUCAGACGAGCCGUCCACCUGCCCCGGCCGCCACUGCAGACUGGGGCAGUUCCAGUGCAGCGACGGGAACUGCACCAGCUCCCACUACCUGUGCAACACCAACCAGGACUGCCCCGACGGCUCUGAUGAGGACCCCGUGUUGUGUGCCACCCACCAGUGCGAGGGCCACCAGUGGCAGUGCGGUAACAAGCGCUGCGUCCCGGAGGCGUGGCAGUGCGACGGCGAGGACGACUGCGGCGACGGGUCGGACGAGGAGCCCGCCCACUGCGCCAGCAGGACCUGCCGGCCCGGGCAGGUCAGGUGCCUCAACGGGCGCUGCGUCCCGCAGAGCUGGCGCUGCGACGCCGACGACGACUGCGGGGACAACUCGGACGAGCCGCUGGAGGAGUGCAUGGGUCCCGCCUAUCGCUGUGACAACCAUACGGAGUUCGACUGCCGGACCAACUACCGCUGUGUGCCGCUGUGGGCCGUGUGCAACGGGCACGACGACUGCCGGGACGCCAGCGACGAGCAGGGCUGUGACGAGAUGACCUGUGACCCUCUCGGAGACUUCCGCUGUGACAACCACCAGUGCUUGCCUCUCCGGUGGAGGUGUGACGGAGCCGAUGACUGCGGGGACAACUCGGACGAGCAUGGCUGCACCCCGCGCGUGUGCACUGAGAGCGAGUUCCGUUGUGAUAAUCUGCACUGCAUUCCCAACCGCUGGGUCUGCGACCAUGACAACGACUGCGAGGACAACUCGGAUGAAAGGGACUGCGAGCUGAGGACCUGCCAGCCCGGAUACUUCCAGUGCGGCAGCGGCCACUGCGUUGCCGAGCGCUUCAAGUGCGACGGGAACGCGGACUGUGUGGACUACACCGACGAGAGCGGCUGUCCGACACGCUUCCCCAAUGGCACCUACUGCCCGCCCUUCCUGUUCGAGUGCCAGAACCACGUGUGCGUCCAGAACCACUGGAAGUGUGACGGAGACGACGACUGUGGAGACAACUCGGACGAGGAGCUCCACCUGUGCUUGGACAUCCCGUGUGAAGGAGCCUUCCGGUUCCGCUGCGACAACAACCGCUGUGUGUACAGCCACGAGCUCUGCAACACAGUGGACGACUGCGGCGACGGCAGCGACGAGAAGCCGGAGAACUGCCGGGAGCCCACCCCCGGGCCGUGCUCGGAGGACCAGUAUAAGUGCGGGAACGGCCAGUGCGUCCCCCAGCAGUACGUGUGUGAUGACUACGAUGACUGUGGUGACCACUCAGACGAGCUGGGCUGUGUCAACGGCAGCGCCCGCUCCUGCUCUGAGGACCUCUGUGAGCACAACUGCACCGACGUGACGGGCGGGGGCUUCCUGUGCUCCUGCAGACCCGGGUACCAAUCCUCCCCCUCCGACCGGAACACCUGCCAAGACGUGGAUGAGUGUGCGGUGUUCGGGACGUGCCCCCAGGCCUGCAGCAACACCAAGGGGAGCUACGGCUGCUUCUGUGCCCCGGGGUUCACCUCGGUGGGGCAGCCCCACGGCCAGGAGUGCGCCGCUCAAGGAAACCCUCCGGUGCUGCUGCUGCCCGACAACGUCCGCAUCCGGCGCUUCAACCUGUCCUCGGAGCAGUACUCAGACUACCUGGACAACGCAGAGCACAUCCAGGCCCUGGACUACCUGUGGGACCCCCAGGGGGAGGGACUGAGCGUGGUGUACUGGACAGUCCGGGGCCGCGGCACCCAGUUUGGCUCCAUCAAGCGGGCGUCCAUGACCACCUUCAGCGACGACGGGAACAACCCCGUGAAGGAGGUGGACCUGAACCUGCACUACGUGACCGACCCCGAGGGCCUGGCCGUGGACUGGAUCACUGGACACAUUUACUGGACGGACGCGGGGACCAAUCGGAUCGAAGUGGCCGAGUUAGACGGCCGCUACAGGAAGUGGCUGGUCUAUACCGACCUCGACCAGCCGGCCGCCAUCGUGGUCAAUCCUUCACUCGGCACCAUGUAUUGGACGGAUUGGGGCCGGAGACCCAAGAUCGAGUCUGCCUGGAUGGACGGCCGGCACCGGCAGACCCUGCUGGAGGGGGACCUGGGCUGGCCCACCGGCCUCACCGUGGACUACCUGAACGGGGACCGGCUCUACUGGUGCGACUCCAAGGAGAACGUCAUCGGCUCCAUGAGGCCGGACGGCGCCGACAGGAAGGUCCUCGUUUCAGGAGACAUCGGGAACCCGUACAGCCUGGACGUGUUCGAGGGCCACGUCUACUGGACCACCAAGGAGAGGGGCGAGGUGUGGAAGAUGGACAAGUUUGGGAGCGGGAACAAAGUCAAGGUUCUGACCAUCAACCCCUGGCUGACCCAGGUCCGCAUCUACCAGGAGCACCGGCACAACCACUCAGUGGUGAACCCGUGCAGGGACACGUGCAGCCACCUGUGUCUGCUGCGUCCGGGCGGCUUCACCUGUGCCUGUCCUGAGGGCUCCUCCAUGUCCGUGUCUGACCCCACCAAGUGCGACGCAGCCAUCGUGCCUCCGGUCCCGAUGCCGCCGGCCUGCCGCUGCAGGAACGGGGGGACGUGCUACACCGUCGAGGGGGGGCUACCCACAUGCAAAUGUCCGCCUGGCUACACCGGCAACAACUGUGACCUGGGGAGGUCUCGGGCGGCCCCAGCCGGAACAGCUACAGCCGUGCUGCUGACUGUUAUCAUCAUCGUGGCGUCCGGUGGCUUGGUCGCUGGACUCUUCCUCAACUACAAGCGAACCGGCUCCCUCAUGCCCCCCAUGCCCAAGUUACCAAGCCUGAGCAGCCUGGUGAAGUCCGGCGACACGGGCAACGGCGUGACGUUCCGGUCGGGCGACAACGUGAACCUGGGACCCUCCAACCUGGGAGUGUCCUUCAUCGACACCGCCAUGCAGAUGGAUGAGAACUUCGCCAUGGAGGCGGGGGGGAAGCCAAUCACGUUCGAGAACCCCCUGUACGCCACGCCCCCUGGACUGUCCGGGGAUCCCGCCGUCAUUCACGCCACACAGGUGACCGUCAACAUAAGCGGAGAGCAGCUGGCCAACAACUUUGCGAACCCCGCCUUCAACAUAGACCAGGGGGCAGCGGUGGUGAAGACCACCCCUGCAAGUGACCCAUCGGCCCCGGAGUCCAAGUGGAGCUUCUUCAAAAGAAAGUUGAAGCCAAGCACGACUUUCGAAAAUCCAGGCUAUUCCGAGAUGAAGGAUGAUAAAGGGCCUUCAGACAGCAGUGUGGGCGAAGCCAGUACAUCAGAGCCGUCCCCGUUCGCUCCUCCUGUCAAGCCCCAGAAGAAGGAUCGUUCCACCGCCUUCUCCCCAACAGAAGACACUUACAAAGACACGGCAAACCUCGUCAAAGAGGACAGCGAAGCCUAGACCCCGUCGAGAUUACAAACACACACUUUGCACAGAAUUUAUUUUUUUAUGCAGCCUGUGUACAAACCUCCGAUAUGUAGAGAUUAAGAGACGUACGAUGGAUCGUUUCGGAUAUAUAUACGAUCUACGAUAUAUAGAUUGUUUGAGAUCUAUACACACACGCGAUCUAUAGCAUACAUCAAAGGAGUCGUUUUUUUUGACAAUGCCUUCCGAAAGUCUCUCACGCCAAUUGUUUGAGUGAUUACAUUUUUUAAUUUUGAUGUACUAUAUGUAUAUCUUUGCACUGACGCUGCUUAUAGAAAUGUUUUUGAAUAUGUUGUAUAUUUGUAAAUUUGAAAAAGUAAGAUUCUGUCAAUAUCUGGCAUUUUGAAAUAGAUGAUCUUCUGAAUAAAGCUACACCAGCAAAAUGAAACAA